AUGGAGAGCUUUGAUGAUGCUCCACAUCCGUUGGAGUUCGUCGAAGAGAAUGCUGCUCUACCUAACGAAUAUCCCUCAAGAGCUCCAUCAAGAGCAGAAUACAGCACCCAAAGUUUUACGUCUGACUUGAGCUCUACGAUCGUGGAUGGAUCGUUCACGUCGAACGGGGCCUUCAAAGCAACUGAAGAUCAAGUAGAUACCACGCAGCGAAGACUUACCGAUCAAGAAGAUGUCUUCAAACCUCCCCAGACCGCCUCUCCUUUCCCUCCCAUGCCAUUCAGCCCGCCUCCAGCAGCCGAGAUCAGCGAAGACGGACACGGUGAAGAAGACGAGGAGCCUCAUGUUGCGACCUCCUUCGAGCGUGACUCGUCACCGACCUUAGCGCAGAGGCACCGAUCGGCGUUUUUCGAUCUCGGCGAAGAAAGCAUCAAUCGCAUGCACAAGAUCUCAUUGUAUGAGACGGCAACUCGAUUCUAUAUGGUGGGCAUGGAUCUCUCAGACACGCGGUUUCGCAUUUUGAAAAUCGACCGUACGUCGGACACAAACGAUUUGAUUAUCGUCGAGGACGACAUCGUGUACACAAAGAGGGAAAUGAGCCAGUUGCUUGACGCCAUUGACGAUGGGAAUAAGAGCUCCGGCGGGCUGAAGCUCAGAUGCAGUGCAUGGGCCUUGCUUGGCUUUAUUCGCUUCACGGGUGCAUAUUACAUGCUUCUGGUGACGAAGAGGUCACAGGUCGCUAUGGUUGGCGGCCACUAUAUCUACAAGAUCGAUGGGACGGAACUCAUUUCGUUGACAACCUCGAGCUCCUCCAAGCUGAAGCCCGAGAAGAACCCUGAAGAGGCGCGGUAUAUUACAAUCCUCAAUAAUCUUGACCUGAGUCGGUCAUUCUACUUCAGCUACUCAUACGACAUCACGCGCACCUUGCAGCACAACAUUUGUCGUGAACGCAAACUUCAUCAGGACGGGCACUCGAAAGGCUUCCAUCAAGAUUACAACACGAUGUUCAUAUGGAACCAUCACCUUCUCAGUCCCGCAAUCGCAGCACUGAAGAACCCUUAUCAGUGGUGCCUCCCUAUCAUCCAUGGUUAUGUCGACCAGGCCAAGAUUGAUGUGUAUGGGCGGCUGGCCUACUUGACCAUUAUUGCUCGCCGAUCUCGAUUCUUCGCUGGGGCCCGCUUCUUGAAACGGGGUGCUAAUGAUUUAGGAUACGUCGCUAACGAUGUCGAGACGGAGCAGAUCGUUUCGGAAAUGUCCGAAACUUCAUUCCAUGCUCCCGGCCCGGCUCUCUACGCCAACCCUCUGUACACCUCAUAUGUCCAGCAUCGUGGUAGUAUCCCUCUCUACUGGACCCAGGAGAACUCAGGAGUAUCACCCAAACCGGAUAUUGAGCUGAAUCUUGUUGAUCCGUUCUAUUCAGCUGCCGCCCUUCAUUUUGAUAAUUUAUUUGAGAGAUACGGUGCCCCAAUUUACGCUUUGAAUCUGAUCAAGUCCAGGGAGCGAACUCCACGAGAGUCAAAGCUUUUGAAAGAAUAUACAAAUGCCAUCAACUACUUAAACCAAUUUCUUCCUGAAGAUAAGAAGAUCAUCUACAAACCAUGGGAUAUGAGCCGCGCUGCGAAAAGUCGCGACCAGGAUGUGGUGGGAACACUGGAGGAGAUUGCAGGUGAAAUCAUCCCGAAGACUGGUUUCUUCAAGAAUGGUUAUGACGCAGAUUCUGGCUUACAACUCCAAAAUGGGAUUGCUCGAACGAAUUGCAUUGACUGUCUUGACCGUACAAAUGCUGCUCAAUUCGUGAUCGCAAAACGAGCACUUGGUUAUCAGCUCCAUGCUCUUGGCUUCAUCGAUGGCACCACUUUGGAGUACGACUGUGACGCAGUCAACCUUUUUUCCGCUAUGUGGCACGAUCAUGGUGACACGAUUGCGAUUCAGUACGGCGGUUCGCACCUGGUCAAUACCAUGGCUACAUACCGCAAGAUCAAUCAGUGGACCAGCCAUUCUCGAGACAUGGUGGAGAGUUUCAAGAGAUACUACAACAAUUCGUUCCUCGAUGCGCAGCGACAGGAAGCUUACAACUUGUUCCUCGGUAACUACAUUUUUGCCCAAGGUCAACCGAUGCUGUGGGACCUGUCCACCGACUACUACUUGCAUCAUGCCAGUCCCAGAUCUUGGGCGGAGAAGAGGCGACCCAAUUAUAUCAACUGGUACACCCCAGAGAAUCUAAAAGUGCGUGAACUGCCACCUCCUCCUUCGCGCCCGAAGGAGCCUCUGUCGCGAUUUGAUGAUUAUUGGCUGGAAUAUUACAGACCUUUGGCUGUCUCGACUCUUCCGAAGAUCUUCUCGUUUAAAAUGAAGUCAACGUUUCACUACGUUCCGCACCCCUUCAGCCCAUUCGAUGUGCGAAUUGCUCACGAGCAAGCCAAUCGUGAGAGGCAUCCGCAACGAAGUGUGAGAAUACAGGAGCCAGGCAGUAGCGUCAUCGAGCAUUCGACGCGCUCACCCAUGCACAGCGCGCCACCGACCCCCAAUUCCACGCUGAAAUGGCCCGACUCGACGAAACCUUCCGCGAAGUAUAUAAAAGACUCCAUAUAUGAGCUUUCUCUAUCCAGUAGCCAAAUACCAUCCAUGCAGACACCCACGGACCCAGGUACACCUAGCAAAGCACAAAUUGCUCAAUGGACACUCGGCCAGCUAGUGACCGACUCGCUGAAUCCGUCCGUCACUGCCGCAGAGGCUGAAGAAUACGAGCGCUACAUCAACCACCCGCUGAACGUUCCCCUCGUCGUGACAUCGGAAGAUGAGAUCACCGCAGCUUCAGCCCAGCAUGAGUCGAACUUAGACCUGCUGGAAUACGCCAACAAAUGCAACGUUGAAGAGGUCACACUCGACGCUAAUGCGGAGGAGAACCUAGCGGAUUAUGCCGAGUUUCUUACCGUAUCGGAGGAAGGACUUACAGUUGUUGCAGAGGACUAUGAGAAGAAACGCUAUAAGCGGUACCGACAGUGGCUACGGGGGAAGAGUCUUUUCAAGCAACGGGUCGAUAUAUAA